UAUCUGCUGGCGGGUAAUAAGUUUUAAGAAAGGAGAGUUUAUCUGACUUUAUCUGAGAUCUGAAACAGGAUAUGAAGCAUGACGGGAGGAGAGAGGGGCUGAACUGUCUCACUUCCUAGUCCAAGAACAGUCAGCGAGUUAAGGGGAGGUGAUCAACUGAGGAGAGGAGAGCUGUCACAAGACGUGGGAGAGAGACAGAAAGAGAAAGAUACAGAGAGAGAGAGAGAGAGAGAAGGAGAGAGCGAAAGAGAGGAGCAAGACAGGACGAUGGCAGAGACACCAACCAAAGCAGGAGGUGCAGGACUUUUUGCCAAGCAAGUCCAAAAGCGUUUCAUGAGAGCACAAGAAAUGGUGUUCCAAAAGAUUGGCAAAACGGUGGAGACGAAAGACGAACAGUUUGAACAGUGCGCCAACAACUUCACCAAACAACAGAACGACAGCUCUCGCCUUCACAAGGACCUGAAAUCUUAUAUAAAUGCUGUCAAAGUGAUGCACGAAACAGCCAAGAAACUCUCAGAGACACUGGAGGACGUUUACGAGCCCGAGUGGCAGGGCAAGGAGCAACUGCACGAGAUCCUCGAGAACAGCGACCUCCUGUGGGCAGACUAUGGAGAGAAGUUGUCUGACCAGGCUUUGAGGACAAUGGAGAGCUACGUCAGCCAGUUCCCCGAGUUCAAGAAGCGCAUCGCAAAGCGGGGAAGGAAACUGGUGGAUUAUGACAGCAGCCGACACCAUCUGGAGGCUCUGCAGAACGCGAAGAAGAAGGACGAAACCAAAAUCACAAAGGCGGAGGAAGAGUUUAUCAACGCACAGAACGGGUUUGAAGAACUGAACACUCAACUUCGGGAAGAACUUCCUGUGCUGUGGAACAGUCGUAUCGGGUGUUAUGUGACCAUCUUUCAGAACAUAUCAAACUUGCGGGAUAUUUUCUACAAAGAGAUGAGCAAGCUGAACCAGGACAUGUACGUCCUGAUGACCAAACAGGAGAAAGAGCACAGCAACAAAAUCUUCAUUGUGAAGGGAGUUUCAAGCAAAAGGCGUUCACUGAUCAUCUCAUCUCCGGUGAAAACCAUGCACAGGCACUCCAGCUCGUCCGAAGGCAGCACAGACCAGCCGCCGAGUGCGAGCACCAACCCGUCAGCGAAGAACGAGGUCUUAUCCCCUUCGAAGCCCGGCGACGUUCCAGCUACGCCAGCUUGGGAGGCCAUGCCCGAGCUGAUCGAAUCGAGCAACGAGGCUCCAUCUAGUGUGGUGGCUCCAUCGUCUUCUGACCUCCCAUUAUCUAGCGAUGACCCAUUGUCUACCAAUGUCCCAUUGUCUGGUGACCUCCCAUUGUCUGGUGACUUCCCAAUGUCUGGUGACCUUCCAUUGUCUGGUGACCUCCCAAUGUCUGGUGACCUCCCAUUGUCUGGUGACUUCCCAAUGUCUGGUGACCUCCCAUUGUCUAGUGACCUCCCAUUGUCUAGCCAUGCCCUAUCGCCCUCUCACUUUCCCUCAGACCAGGCUCCGUGUUCUCAGUCCCCUCCCUCAUCGCCAGACCCAAUGUCCUCUGCUAUGUCAUCGUCCUCGUCAGCGAGCGGCGGAGAUGCAGUCUCCUCGGAAACUCCGACACCUUCUGACCUUGGCAGGGAUCGUCCAGCCAAGGAACCCAGAAGCCACCCAUCUCCUUCAGAGCAAACGUUGGUUGACCUGCCCGACUGUGCCUCGGUCUCUUCGCUAACACCAGCGACGCUCAGUGUCUCCAACACCAUACCAGCCAACACAGCCAUUGAGGACCUUCAAACCCUUUCAUCUCUGUCGUCAAGUGAAGAAUCUUCUGCCGAUUCUCCACUCGAUUCUCCUCCAGGAUUGUCUCCCGGGGGUUUGUCUCUGCCUGUUACCUGCAGUCAGCCUGUGGGUGAGGUGUCUGCAGACUCAGAUUCUUCCAAGGAACAUCCAUCCAACCAGUUGGCUGUGCCAGUCAGCUGUGCGUCCGUUGAAAUCUCACAGCUCGAGUCCCCGUUCCAGGUUUCCGCUGAUGUGCUCGUUUCCAAUGGUCAACCCUCUAACGAGGAAUGCUUGCAAUUAACCUCCGCGACUCCUGAAGUCCUAGCUACCUCUAAAGCUUCGUCAGACGAACCACCAUCAUCUAGAGUGGUCACUGUGCCAAUCAGCUCCCCAACUCCCAAUGUUUCAUUUCCAGACUCCGACACGCAAGUUUCUGCUGAUAAUUUAGCCUCUUCCAAUCUUCUCUCUGAUGCCGUGCUUUCCUCUGAAAACCUCAUGGUGUCCAGCGAGGCUCCUGCAGCCAAAGUCAAUGACUGUUCCAGUGACCCACAGCCUCGCUCCGAACCAGCCCCAACCAACAUCUCACCACAGCAACCCACCGAGGAGCUUGUCACGACAUUGCGUGCGGGUGAGGAGUGCGGACGCGAAGCCAGCGAUGGUGAAGAUGACGAAAGAACAGACUUCGACAGGUCUUCUACUCAGGAGCCGCCUUCGGUGGAGGACGAAGGCAACAGAGUCAUCUAUAACGUGUAACAAGACACCGCAGGAUCCACACACGAGGGUGACUGCGGAGAGAGGCUGAUCGAUCGCAAUUAACGCCCGGAAGCUUCGUUGCUCAUCUCAAGGCAGUGUUUCGGAGCCCGGCUCGCCGACCCGCACAGAAGCCCGCACCCUGACCCAGAGAGCGCUCCAACUGUUCAAAACAACCCGAAACUCGUUCCCGAAACGAAAAAAUGAUCCGGACGCCGUCUUUCUACGGACAAUCCACAGCCACAAACAACAACUCACGCAGAGUGGCAUCCCGGAGUGCAACCGACCAGCCGUGUCCCACUCUCGUCUGGGUUCUGCGUUGGAACCACCGCAAUUUACUGCGCGGAAUGAGGCCAUUCGGCCCAUCGUGCCUGUGCCGGUUCUUCUUCGGAAGCAAGAGAGCUUUCAGUUCCGCUUACCUGCUCUUUUACCCCUAUUUCUCCCCCCCCCCCCCACCCACCCCACCCCCAGAGGUCGGAAAUCUCACCCGGAAAUAUUCCAGAGAACAGGAUAACUUUCAGAUAUGCUAAAGGCGUGAGGGAGGGCGAGAGAGUUAAAAGCUGCAGAGUGUGAAGGGCAAAGCUACGUUGGGUAACAGGAAAUAUUUUGUGACAGAUAGAGUAAUAAACAGCAGCUAACAGGACGUAUCCUCACUCACUCACUCACUCAUUCACUCAAUUAGUUUUAAACCACUGUCCAGUCUUUCUGCCAUUAACUGACUUGUUGAAAUCACUAGCGAUUUUUUUUU